UCAGGUGUCUUCCUGUCGGCGUGGUAUAUAUACCAGCACCGUUUGUCAGACCGUCACUGUAUCUGCUGUUCCUGCUUCGGAUUCACACCAACCAUGAUGUAUGCUACUCUCCUCUUCAUUGGGCUGUUUGCCAUCUUGACCCAAGCUCGAUCCAGUGCACUACUUCAAAAAAGUUUCGCUCUUGCACUCGACGGCCAAAAUGAUAAUACGCCCGUACGCCUUCAAACCGUCACUCUUCCCACGAUGUACGGAAGACUGACCAGUGGUGGACAGUUAUCGCAAGAUCCUGAUAGUGCGCCUGAGGAAGUGUCGUCAGUGACACCUGACAUAGAAGCUGAAACACCGUCCAUUGCUCAACAGCCAGGACUGCAAGAGCCCGGGAAGGCACUCCAAACGUCGGUCAACCUGGACAACUUAGGUAUCGACAGUUCAGUUCUCGGAACGGUACUAGACAGCAUUCCUUCUGUGGACGUCUCCGCUCUUCUGCCUGAAAUCAACUCUACCGUCUCACCGUCUACCGUCUCACCGCAAAGAUCUGGCGAUGCUUCAGCUUCAGGAAAUGCAUCGGGAUCCAGCGAUGGCACGCAGGGGUCUGUUGACGCAUCAGCUAAUGCGGACUGAACCAACUUGUGACACGUUGUUGCUCAAACGACCCACCGGUAAAGCCAUUCAGUAAUGUAUACCAGACUUUGUAUGCCACUGCAGGCGACGGUGUCGAAUAAAGUUUUGCAAUUACA